CUGUGUAAUAAUACCACCUCGUCUAUCCAACAAACUAUCAGCCGUAAUUAUCUCAUUUGUCUGUGCACUCGUGUUUAUCUUUUUAUAUUCCACCAUUGCAUUGAGUCCCAGUGACUAUGCCGAAGCUUAGUAGGUCAAGGUUGAGGGGGCAGUAACCAGCCGCUCUUCUUCUCCGCCUCCUCCUCCGUCGCUUCCACCCCGUCACACCAUCAUGGCGGAUGUUCAGGGCAACAACAAUCAUGUCCCUGUGUUAUUCUCAUACUCCGUCUUCUCCCGGCCGUCGUCCGUCCCCGCCGGCUCCGGGCACGAGCUGCUCAUCCAGAAGUUCCUGUCCAUCUACGGACAUCAGAUCGACGUGCACCGCAAGUUCGUCGUCCAACUGUUUUCCGACGAAUGGGGGCAGUACGUGGACCUGCCCAAGGGAUUUGUGAUAUCUGAGAAAUGCAAACUUCGCCUCAUACCUCUGCAAAUGGAUCAGACAUUCCCCUGUCUGCAGAUCACCACCCUGGGGAACCUGUCGCCAUCCACCACGGUCUUCUUCUGCUGUGACAUGCAAGAACGAUUCCGGCCAGCAAUCAAGUAUUUUGGGGACAUCAUCAGUGUGGGACAGAGACUGCUACAGGGUGCCCGCAUUCUGGGCGUCCCGGUGAUCGUCUCCGAGCAGUAUCCCAAAGGCCUGGGCAGCACAGUGCAGGAGCUGGACCUUACGGGAGCCAAGCUGGUGUUUCCCAAGACCAAAUUCUCCAUGGUGCUGCCUGAAGUGGAGGCCGCACUGGCUGAGAUUCCCGGACUGCGGAGCGUGGUGCUCUUUGGGGUCGAGACCCAUGUCUGCAUUCAGCAGACAGCCCUGGAUUUGAUUGGUAGGGGUCUGGAAGUCCACAUCAUUGCUGACUCUACAUCCUCCAGGAGCAUGAUGGAUAGGAUGUUUGCACUGGAGCGUCUAGCUCGCACCGGUAUCAUCAUCACCACAAGCGAGUCAGUUCUACUGCAGCUGGUUUCGGAUAAAGAGCACCCGAAAUUCAAGGAGAUCCAGAACAUCAUUAAGGCCAGUGCCCCGGAGUCUGGCCUGUUGUCCAAAGUCUGAGGUCACGUGGCGUGCCAUGUCAGGAGUAAUCUAGGGUACUGUAGGGCAACCGUCCGCGAGGAACAGCAUUGCAUUGCUCCGUCUGCAGGGUGGUUUUAUGCUUAUUAAAAAAGUUACCUUUAAAAACUAGCAUUAAUGGUGUUUACUCAUAUCCUCUCCCUCAACUAUAAGGAGAUGUUUUAUUUUCAAAUCAGUUUCAAGUUUGGAUUAUUUGAAGUAUAUAUUUUUUUCCUUAUAAGUCCUCUUUUUCUCCAGCCAACUCUGUAUGCCAGUCAGUCCUUAUCAUGGUGUAAAAUCUGGGAGUGAUAUCAUCCUUUUAGACAGAUGGAUCUCAGUAUAAAGGCUCCCAUUUAAUUCCUCCUUCAGCCUUUGUUCACGUUUACACAGGAUAGUUUUCAAGAAUGCAAAUGCAAAUAUUCCUUCAUACAGCAGUUUUAUGUAUUGAGGCGAUAUUUUAUAUUAAAAUGCGCCCAUCCGGGAGAAUCUUUUCCUUAUCAAAAUAUUUACUUUGCAUACAAGAUCCACAUUUUUUGAGGUAAUUUAUCUCAGUCAUAUUAAUAUUACUUUGGUCCUAUUAGUAUUUCAGUAAUUUGAUUUUAAUUGGAUACUUAUGGACCGUAUCGUAAGUCCUUAUCAGUUGAAUGUAUUGGAUUUUUAAUUUUACCAUGUUUAUUAAAAUGUUUCCCCAAACUUACCUUUGGAGGGAGGAUAGGUGUAAAUUCUCGCGCUCUGGUUGCAGCAUCACCCCUAUGGACUUCGAAUUUGAGAGUGUGAGCCUAACGUCAGUCUAUCAUGUUGCAUUUUUUUUUUUUUGCUGUUGUGAGCACAUGCACUGUCCAGAAGUGCAGCUGUGGAGAUGCACUACUGACAAAUUGAUGACCCCCCCCCCCCCCAAGGAGAAAAAAAACACCUGAUCUUAAGGGCAAGGAAGAAACUUAUGUAAUAGGCAGCAGAUAUGCUGAACAUACUGUCCGCCUGGGUGUUUUCACCAGUGUUUUUCUGAGGAUACAUCCGUGUUGUAAAACCAGCAUAAUGUUGCGUGUCAGUGUGAGAGCAAUGUGUUAUUAUUUUUUUUUUAAAAUGUGCCUAUUAACUAUCCAAACUGAUUGUAAAACAGACGUCGGGGUAUGCCUACUGUAAGUGUGCGGCUUUAGACUUGUGCAGGUUUGUAAACACAAAACCAGACUGUUCUUACGUAUCUGCUUAAGUAAAUAAAUGUUCAUAUGUA